AGUGAAGGAGCUUUAGGUUUUGUUCAUUUAAAUCUUGCAAUAAUGACGUUCGGAAUUCCAAUGUUUGGAAUGAUGACAUUCGUUAUUCCAAUGUUAGGAGUGAUGACAUUCGGAAUUCCAAUGUUUGGAAUGAUGACAUUUGAUAUUCCAAUGUUUGCAGUGAUGGCAUUCGGUAUUCAAAUGUUCGGAGUGAUGGCAUUCGGUAUUCAAAUGUUCGGAGUGAUGGCAUUCGGUAUUCAAAUGUUCGGAGUGAUUACAUUCGGUAUUCAAAUGUUAGGAGUGAUGACAUUCGGUAUUCAAAUGUUCGGAGUGAUGGCAGUCGGUAUUCAAAUGUUAAGAGUGAUGACAGUCAGAAUCAAAUGUUUGGAGUGAUGGCAUUCGGUAUUUAAAUGUUCGGAGUGAUUACAUGCGAUAUUCCAAUGUUAGGAGUGAUGACAUUCGGAAUUCCAAUGUUUGCAAUGAUGACAUUCGAUAUUCCGAUGUUUGUAGUGAUGACAUUCGGUAUUCAAAUGUUAGCAGUGAUGACAUUCGGUAUUUAAAUGGUAGGCGUGAUGGCAUUCGGUAUUCAAAUGUUCGGAGUGAUUACAUUCGGUAUUCCAAUGUUAGGAGUGAUGGCAUUCGGUAUUCAAAUGUUAGGAGUGAU